GGUUGCUUGUUCUGUGACGACUCCUUGCCGCUGGGGCUCUGCGGGUGGUAUCGCGUCGCGAGAGUCUCGCGCCGGGCCAGCAGCAUGUCCGACAACGAGGACAACUUCGAUGGUGACGACUUUGACGAUGUGGAGGAAGAUGAAGGGCUAGAUGACUUGGAGAACGCAGAGGAGGAGGGUCAAGAGAAUGUAGAAAUCCUUCCAUCUGGAGAGAGACAGCAGGCAAAUCAGAAGCGGAUCACAACUCCAUACAUGACCAAAUAUGAGCGAGCCAGAGUCCUGGGCACUCGUGCACUCCAGAUAGCGAUGUGUGCUCCAGUCAUGGUAGAGUUGGAAGGAGAGACAGAUCCUCUGCUGAUUGCAAUGAAAGAACUCAAAGCUCGGAAGAUUCCCAUAAUCAUCCGCAGGUACCUGCCAGAUGGAAGCUAUGAAGACUGGGGCGUGGAUGAGCUAAUUAUCACAGACUGACCUGCUUCCUGUCAUUGUCCCUGGUUCCUCCUUCACUUGCAGAUGCUUUUAUUUUUGUUUAUAUUUGUGUAAAUAAAUAAUAAACCCCCAUUUUUAA